AUCCGUGCACAUCUUUCCGAUCCGGACUGCCUGACGAUAAGAAAGCGUAUUCGUCUUUCCGAAGCCGCAGUUGAGUUAAACUAGGUUGCCUCUGCAAGCCCGUAACCCCGUAACGUUUCUUUUUUUCUUUGGUAACAUUGAUCAGCGGAGCUUCUGUCUCCGCCUACACUUCAAUACCGUACAUUUUUUUACUUUGUAGCGCCAGUGUGCCGUGCUGUUCCUGUCGGUUUCUCGCAUCCAAAGCCACAGUUUCGUGCGGUUGUGGACAAAAUCGUGCCCACUUAAAAGCACUUGAUUACUUCUACUCAAUCCAAAACUGUUACAUGAGUUUAGCACGACGAAGUCAAGUGUAGUGAUUUCCAUAUCGGGUGGGGGUGGAUAGUGUUUUUCAAGUGAAGGCUGCUCGACGCUUUGGUUUUCAAGCUUCAAGAUGGAUCUCAACUUCCAAGUGUUGAAAGAACCCAGGGGAUUCAUCAGAGUAAUCCAAUUUGUGAUGUCAGUUUUUGCCUUUGCCACAACCUCUGGGUUUUCGACAUCUGCAACAUUCAAAGUCUGCGACAAAGCAUAUCUAGCCACUUUCAGUUUUGGCUACCCGUUCAGGAUGUCGUACUUCCCGUUCAAUGUACCGACCAUAUGUCCCUCAAACAUGAUGGAAAUCCAGACCAAGAGCGUUGUGCUUCCCUACAACUUUGCCAGUAACCCAGAGUUCUUUGUGGCUACGGGAGUGCUCUCUUUCCUCUACUGCAUUGGUAUCUUGGGUGUCUACAUCUUCUGCAACAAAAUGUACACUGAGAAUCAAACUACCCCUAUCGUUGAUUUGGGCUUGUCCUGCCUCCUGGCCCUGUUCUGGUUUGCUGGUUCUUCUGCUUGGGCACAGGGAGUACGUGAUGUCAAGUACUACACAGACCCGGCUGUGUUCAUGAAACUGCUAGAGAUCUGUGGAAAUGCAAGUAACAAGUGCACCUCCGAAUCGACAGGAAACUUUGCCACUCUUAAUGUUUCACUGAUCUUGGGAUUUGCCAACUUCUUACUCUGGGUCGCUGGCUGCUGGUUUGUGUUCAAAGAAACCUCCUUCCACGGGCAGCACCCACCUCCGCAGGGAGUGGCAGCUCCGCAGUAUCCACCAGUCAACUCCCAGUAUCCGCCUCAGUCUCCGCCCCCUGUACAGAGCCCGACCUUUGGAACACAGUACUAACGCAGGGAUACUUCUAUACUUGUGUUUAUUGCUUCAACCUACCAUUCUACUUGGUUUACUUCAUACAAAGUUCCCCGUGAAUUUUUUGCUCACGGAAGAUAAGAUGACAUUUCAAUGGAAGGCCUUCUGGCUCUUAAUCUUGAUAUCAUUUCUGAAGACAGUCUUACUGAUCUCGACUGAUCUCUAUUGUGGGAUGCACAUGUCACAAUCAGGUAAUGUUCAAAAGUAUGUGUGCAUCUUAAAGCCCAAAAUAAUAUCCAAUCGCAUCAGCUCUGUACGUAAAAAUCAGAUCACAUCACAGAUCUCAUGUCUGGUGGAGCUGUCAUGGAGGCUUUGAAGGUAAUACAUAGGAAAAUGUUGGAAUUGAAGUGGCUACUCGGAAUCGACUUCAGAACUUCAGCUCAAUCGUCAUGAAAGGCUCCACAUAGAAGUUUCUAAUUCUGAACAGAGCCCAGUAUUUUUCUCUUGCAUGACAUCCAUUUUCCAUCGAUUUCAAGAGAAAAAAAGCUCAGAGGAAAUGUGCGCCGAUUUAAUGGGCUGCAGCAGCAACCAGCCAAUAAAUAGUAACCACAUUGCUGGCUGUUGUAUCCGAAUGCCUUCCUGUACACUGCCUGUGUAUCCAAAGGCCUGUCUAUAAAAUGUCAUUUUACCUCCUGUCUAGGUCAAGUGCAGUUCUAUAGUUUUAGUUUUUUCACUUCAAUCGGAAGUUGCAGCUGUUUGUUAAUAAUAUUACCUCCCUUUUUUAUGUAUAGUUUUUUGUAGUACAUACUUGUACCUUUUUAUCUUUACAAGACCAGCUUUUCUGCAAUACAAGGACUAUUUACUGCUAUGCAUAAUAAUGCUAUGACAUGCCCUUGUGUUGUGAAGUGAAAUGUUUUAUUUUUUUUUUACCCAUGUAGUCGUAGUUCAUUUGUUGCAACAUAGCAGUAUCAGCCUUGUUCUGUUUUUGUUAAUAUGUUAAUAUUUUUGGUCAUCUAUACUAUGAUGUUCGUAGAGUUGCGUAGCUUAGGUUUACAGUACUUUUCCCUUCACAUUGUUACGUUUGUUCUUGUUUCAUAAUUUGGAGACUGCAAUUUGUUGGGCAGUGUCUUGUCGAGUUACUUUUCUUCAUGCUGGUUGUGGAACUUGACAGCUUUCCUUUUAAUGAUGCUGAUCUUUACUUCAUGUACUAGUCAUAUCUGUAACAUUCCACUUUUUUUUUUACUCUGUCAUACAGGAUUGCUAUUUUUGAAAGCGACCUGCAGAUGAAGAGUAUGCUGCUUAAAAGUUUACGGCAUAAUACAGUAAUUUAUUCUGUCGGUGUUAAUUGAAAUUAACUUUUUUUUUUGUUACUCGUGGUUGUGCUCAGUAUUUCAAGAUUCAGAAGCAGUAGUCUUUUCCUUUAAGAGAUACCUUGUCUAACACAUCUGGCGAACAGAAUUCUGUUAUACUGUUUGGCGGGGAUUAGGAAAAUAAGCAGGAAUUGAGUGGACAGCGACUGUCUGAUGCAUUGGCAUUGUACCAGAUUGACUAAGGCUUCAGUAUUGGAUAUCACUUUAGAUAGUGCCUUUUGACUUGGAAUGUUGACUCGCAAGGACUUUGGGGCAAGCUGCAGAUGGGCCUUUGUUCCUGAUUUCGGCUGUGCUAUUGGUUCAAAUGUGAGGUACAUAACUGUUUGCGGGUUACAUUGGAUUCUGGAUCGACUUGGAUUGCGAGACUGUUUCACACAAAAAUAAGGAACGGUGGAGUGUUCAUCCACGUGUUGUACAGUUAACGUGUGGAGCAAACGAGCAGCGCAAGGUAACUUUUUGUCGUCACGUAUACAGCCUUUGAAAAAGAGCCCUAUUGCCUUUGGUCACGUAGUUUAAGGUGUUACUCUGUUGGCAGACUAUACUAAGUUCUAACUUGUAAUCAUCGUACAUGUCUUGUUCACCGACAUUGAAAGGAGAAUCGAAACACAUACCUCUCUUCUGUGUAUUGUGGAACACUGUACUUAACGUGCACUGUAUACCAUCGAGUAGAUCUCAGUGUUCUUGUUGCCAACGGUAACAUUUGUUGAGUUUCAUUAGCAAAUAACCUGUUACGUUACAAGUCUCAAUAUUUCUGUCAUGACUCCUCUGUGUACCAUAUGCGAUUAUGAGAACAUGUACUCAUAAUUUCAUUACACACGACUGUCAUAAUGCAAACUUCAAACCAACAAUGCUCCAACACACACACACGACCACGCACACAUGCGAAACAUGCUAAUUAUAUAUAUAUAUAUAUUUCACGUUACAUGCAUGCGAUACUGACAUGUUUAUAGUACUGUAGCACAGUGUAAAUGUGUGGUGCUUUGAUGUAUGUGUGUUCAUGUUUGGAACACGAGGUGCCAUAAAUGUUUGUUCCCAUUCAGGCAAAGUUCCUCAUGAACAGGCAGCAAUAAGAAAGGAAGAUGUUGUAAAAAGGACUCAGACUCAGAAACAACUUGAAGAAACUUGCUGCGCUAAAAAACCACAUAUUAUUACACGUGGGUACUUUUGCCGGCAAAGAUAUCUUGCAACAAAAUUACAUUCAGCCUUUCAUCAUCAAGUGGUUAAGGAUCGAAUGGGAUAUGACCUUGCUAAAUGAACUACUGUCAGUUGAGGUAAACAUAGGAACAUCGAAUCAGAGCACACAGAGAAGUGUCACGUGACAUUGCCGCAAGCGUUUUCUUUUCGAACGACAAUUAACCAUAGUUUUUUUUACUAUGUGAGGUAAAAUGUUCCCUGCAUUCUAAGUAUAUCAGUUGGCAGAAUGUCAUGCAAAAAAAAAAUCUCGGGCAGAGAAAAUGUGGAGCAAGAUCUUGCAAGAAAAUUUAACAAUUCAUCGAUCGACCCGGCAAUAAACAUUUUCAUAAAUUUUCCAUUGUAUGCAUUUUGUUUUUUAGCUUGGAAUGGAACUUCUGUCAUACCUAAUAACAGCCGGACCCCUUGACACAUUUACUUACUCAACCCUACAGAUACAAAAGCUAUACUGCUACCCAAGAUUUGGACAGUUGUUAACACUAGUCACCCCCCCUCCCUCGUCUGUUCGGAACACUCAUGCAACCAGCAUCAUGUCACUGGCAUGUAACAGGCCAGGUCAUACACAUACACUUGUCUUCCUGCGUUUACCACGUGUUAGGAGAUUUGUAAUAAACAUUAAGUACAAACUGUUCUUUCUGAAAGAGUCUUCGCGGUGUUGAGCUAUGUAGUACUAAGACGAGUCGUGUUUGGAUACUGUCGAUUGUCCCUUGUUGCCAGCCACAGCUAGCAUUUAUAAAUAUGUGCAUCUGUGUCCUACAGUCACAAUGAAUAUAGACCUGAUUCUAAGUUGUGUAUUCUGUUACUCCUAUCAUACACUCGCUGCUUCGAGCAUGCAUCAGUUUGAUUCUCUCUCUAAUUGUGUAUCUUUCUUUUGCAUUUCCUUUGGGCUUUUGUUCCCGAAAUUAGUGAUGAAAGGCAGUGUUGUAUGCCCCCAUGGGAAACGUAACACCAAAUUAUAAAUUAUGCCUCAUUUCUUACACCAACACAACCCUUUGGCAUGCUCAAAACACCUAGAAUUUAACAAAGAGCACUCGCUGCAACAGCUUCAGUAUCUUAGACAAGUCGACCAGUUCUUUGAACUUGUAUUAGUACGUGCAUGUGCGACAUGAAAUUAGGUUGCCGAGUACCAGUUCUGUGCCACUACUUAACUUUUUUUUCGCACGUUGUCACUUUUCUGUUAAUCCUCGUAUUUCUCCCAGUGUUAGAAGUAACAGUAUACACUUGCAAAACCCGAUAACGUUCUUAUUAGAUGAAGUACUGGAGAUCUGCAAAUUUACUUGAUUUUAGCGAAAAGCGUUAGCCGACUUUGUUGUUUUAAGUGUCUAACAGGUCAUUACUUCAUGCGCAUCUCUUCAUAAGCAACCAUUGGUGGACGAAAGUAAAAGGUGUUCUUGAUGUCAAGUCCCUACACUAGGAUGUGCCCUCCCCAAUAUAGUGGAUCCGUAGGAACCAGCUAGACAUAGGGUCCAUUGACCGUGACUCUAAGUGUACUUUCCGUGUCUGGGUGUAAGAUUACCCAUUUGUGUGUCGGAGGGUACAGCAACGUUCUGCCACACAAAUGCCUAGAGUAGUUGUGUACCUAGAAAAACAGUGAAGUGCUUUUUCAUUAUAUAGUACCUAAAACGUAAUAAAAGGUAAUCUUGCUUAUUUCCCCCUCUUUUUUUCUGUUUACAUCUGUCUAUUCCUUUUGGAACCAGAUCACACAUGCAAAAUGUUCAGCAAAGGGAGGUUUCUGUUGACAUUCUUCAUAAUUUGGUGAUAUAUGUGUAUAUAAUAUGAUAUGGGCUGAUGUGUUUGUGUGAUUAUGUUUUUCUUUAACGGUGAAAAGGAAUGUGGCAUUGGAACAAAUUCACACAAACGUUACAAAAACUAUCAUCCGGUUACGAUACUAAGAGAGAGAGAUGCACACAUUCUUUUUGUCCAAUAAUUCUAGCUUUUGAGUUUCUGCAUGUAUGAACUUCGGGACAAUUUCAGUUGUUACUUUUGCGGGACACUACGGAAAAUUCUGUGCAGAGGUGAAACCUUCUGUCCAUAUUGUUUGCGACAGGCUACCGUACUUCAGUGAUCAACCAGCACUGCCAGCUUUUCUUUUCCCUCUUUUUAAUAGUUAUAAUGCACUGUUUUCCCCCACGCUUGCACAGCAACUGCAACAAAUUUCUUGCAGCUCACAAUCAUGUUUUACAGUUACAGUUUUUGACUGAACCUCAAAGUGAAUUUUAGAGUCAUUCUUUUUGACAUGUGUUAUGAGAGUUGAAAAACGUGAAGUUCUUAAUGUACUCGUCAAAAAAAAAAAAAAGCAUUGCUUACCAACGGUAUGUGUUUUUAUAAGGAAUUAGUACAGUGUCUUUUUUGAAUGACGUACACGAGCGGUGAUGUGUUGGCAAUGCAUCGGGCACCACGUAGCUAAUAAUGGAACAGCCCAUAAAAGGACUUACGAUUUCCUUCACUUUGGCAUCAUGUUUGGUUCUCAGGACGGGGCAGGCUCUGUGUAUUCUAUGUGCACAAUUUUGGACUACAAAUGUCUGCACUCAAUUUGUACAGAGAAAACACGAUGAAAGAGGCACUAAAGUGCAAAAACAAGUUCACUUCAAAUUAGGUUACAUGCUUUGUCGAUUUUGCACUUGUUGUCAUAGUAAUUGAAAACUGAUUCCGUUACGAAGCUACAAUCAGAAUCAUACCGGACUCUUUCUUGUUUCGGCACAAAGCAGUGAACGUUGCUUAGCUCGUGCGUCGGGUAUACAUUGGGUGUUUUUAGCCACGCCGCGUGUACAACGCCAUGCAGCAGUUCUGGCAAAAAACAAAGUGCGAGCUACGAAGCGGACUGUUGUCCCCGUCCGAAGAACGUGAAGAUAAUUGUUGUCAGUGGAACAUUUGUGAUAACUAUGUAAAGCUCAUUGGAUGCCGUCAAUCCUUAGGUUGCCGCCAAAGACGUUCUGUUUUCACUGCAUUUUUCUUCUAAAUGGUAGCAAUGUGUGAAGUAAUUUGAAACAGUGAAACCUCCCUGUCCUGGACACCCGCAGUGCAGCCAAAGUGUGUACAACAUAGGGAGGAGUUACAGAAUACGAGGGAAACAAAAAUGCAAAAUAUUGCGGCUGUGUUGCCAGAAAUGCCCCCUCCAAUACAUGGUCAUUAGUGGCACCUGAUACCUCUCUACCCACUCUUCACCGAUAAUUGGUACUGAUUUUGAUUUACGAAAGUCAAGGGCAUUGGCUCAUUUUAGGUCAUUUUGGGAGUUCAAGGUGAUGCUUCCUGCUUCAUUUUGAGUCUUUUUGGUGCAAAGAUGGGCUGAGAUUGAGGUAAUUUGGCCAGGGUUUUGUCUGACGUAUACAGAGAAAACCCUGUCCUACUUCCGGGAUAGGGAGGUGUCUGACAUAGAGAAUUUCGUACCCUUGUAGUUUCAAUGAGAGCCUGCCCGUGCAACGAAAUCUUAUCCGACAUGGGGAGUUGUCAGACUUUGGAGGUUUUACUGUACUUGCACUACACUAAUUGAAACACGGACUUUCAUUUGAGAACAAGUUGUUCUUGCAUUUUAGUGCCCCUUUAACGACUUUUCUGCACAACACAUUUACCCUUCUUUGUUUAUCGUUGAGCACGACACAUCCUAUACACAAAAUGUCUUUGCAGUGAUUAACCAAUGGCCACCCUAGCAGACAGUAGCAGAUAAUGCUGUGGAAGAAAAUUAAGCGGAACUGAAUCUAGUCCAGUGCUAGAGCAUUAUCUGCCAUUUCUGGGGGCUUGAGAAAGCUUGCAGAGCGCAUGCUUUAUGCUGACAAAAUGGCUGAUGCAAACCCCAUUAGUGUCAAAACUUUCCCAACCUAAAGCUAUCCUGACACAUUGAAAAAUUUUAUGGCUGCGUUCCAGGUAUCCAAACAAAUCAAGUGUUAAAGAGCGUUGCUAGAAUGAGGCACUGCUAAAACACCGACGGGAUUGAUUCCACGGGUUUGGUAAUCACAAUAAUGGUUCGUAAAAGUGGUUGCUCCUCGUUGAACUGACCAAUAUAUCAAAGUCCUCAUGUGCUUCCACGAGUAUCCGUGUCUGUAUCGUUCCACGUGUUUCCUGUGCUAUUGGUGAGAACGGUCAAAAUUAUCCAGUGUUUGUUGGGGUCCUUGUCCAAGAUGGGUAUUGCGCCGACAAGAAAAAUGAACUGUGGAUAUCAGUGUCCCUCAGGGUGCUACAGACAGAAACCCAAAAUGAAGAGUUAUAAUUAUGGGCUGAAUUUUCUGGUGAAAUAAGCGUGGGUUGGAACGAUAUCGUUUCUGCAUCUCGACCUUGUGGCUUUGACUGUGUGUGUGUGUGCGCUCUGAACAACACUUGGUUAUCAUUUGGAAUUAACUGGGCAAGAAUAACACGAUGUGUCCGUUUGAAUGUGAGUUAUCCCUUUACACUGUAACACAGCAAAUCUUUAUUUUUGUUGUGUCGACUGCUAGGUUUUCAAGUUCUGUUACAAAAGUCAGAGACCAGCAAAGUCUGUUGAAAGUGCUUCCUUGUGUGGCACACAGGAGGAGAAGAAACGGCUAUCACGUAGUAUAAUCAUCCGAAACUAAUAUAUUACUGUUUCACAUCUGUAGGAUACGGACUGUUACGUAGGUUUAGAAAUUCCAGCCAUCUUACAGAAGGUGACAAGUACAUUUAAGGCAUGUAUUAAACUCCAGCCAGUUGGUUUUUUCUCUGAAGACAAAAAGGCUGCAUGAGAUUGAAUAUUCACAAUUUACUGUUGAAAUCCAUGUACAUACCUAUGUCUUUUUGUUUUCUGCAUAUAAAGCAUACAUACUCUGUACCACAAAAAUAUUUUCAUUGGGUGUAGUACAAGGUUAUUCUUGUAGAAACAUUCUUGCUUCCAGAAAAUGUUUAAAAAAAGUAUUUGGUGUGUAUGACCUUAAAUGUUGUGAUCCUUGUACUUAGAGGAAAGGAAUAUUGUGUUACACUGUUGAUGCUUAAAAAGAUUACACAUAAGCAUACAUAUAAUGGGACGUUUCAUUGUGCAGAGAGAGUGAUAUGAAUGAAAAUAAAGCACAAAAAUUUA